AUGACGAAGACCCGAAGCCUCUAUUUCAUGGGCCACGAGCAGGACGGCGAGAUGUUCAACGCCGUCUCCUCCGACGCCAACGAGCUCGGCGCGUUCAUCUUCCAGAACCACGGCACCGCCGCCGGAACCACCGUCGAGCUCGGCGAAUUCGAAGCCGGGUCGACCCUCCACUUCGCCUACCUCGUCACCAACGGCUCCGGCGGCGCGCCCACCGGCUCGCUCUUCCGCACGGACGUCGAAGCCGACACCAACUACUUCGCCAUCGGCGACACACGCAGCGACGAGGCCUCCCUCUUCACCCGCCUCGGCAUCGAGGACAUCCGCAACCCGGCGCACUCGGACUUCGACUACAACGACCUCAUCGUCGACGUCCGCACCACCGCCAUCCCCGAGAUCGCCAUGAAGACGAUCAUCACCGGCGCUAUCGCCUCGUCCGUUCUCAUCACCGCCCCCGCCCUCGCCCAGUGCGGCGGGAGUGAUUACGCCCACAAGUCCAACGCGACCGUCUCCACCGUCGCCAACGCGUCGCAGGGCAAAGACAUCGUCGACACCGCCGUCGCCGCGGGCAGCUUCAACACCCUCGCCGCCGCGCUCAAGGCCGCCGGCCUCGUCGACGCCCUCAAGGGCGAUGGCCCCUUCACCGUCUUCGCCCCGACCGACGACGCGUUCGCCAAGCUCCCCGCCGGCACCGUCGAGUCCCUCCUCAAGCCGGAGAACAAGGACCAGCUCGUCAGCAUCCUCACCUACCACGUCGUCCCCGCCAACGUCAUGGCCAAGGACGUCGUCAAGCUGAACACCGCGACCACCCUCAACGGCCAGCGCGCCGACAUCGAGGUCCGCAACGGCAACGUCUUCGUCGACAACGCGCAGGUCAUCAAGACCGACAUCGCCGCGAGCAACGGCACCAUCCACGUCAUCGACUCCGUGAUCCUUCCCGAGUCGAGCAACGUCGUUGAGACCGCGCAGUCCGCCGGCACGUUCAACACCCUCAUCGCCGCCGCCAAGGCCGCCGGCCUCGCGGACUUCCUCAUGAACGAGGGCCCGAUCACCGUCUUCGCGCCCACCGACGAGGCGUUCGCCAAGCUCCCCACCGGCACCGUCGAGUCCCUUCUCAAGCCGGAGAACAAGGGCAAGCUCGCCGACAUCCUCAAGUACCACGUCGUGAACGGUCGCGUCUACGCCGACCAGGCCGUCAAGGCCGGCUCCGCCGCCACACUCCUGGGCAAGGACGUCACCAUCUCGACGAAGGGCGGCGCCAAGGUCAACAACGCCAACCUCGUCGCCACAGACAUCGAGGCGUCCAACGGCGUCAUCCACGUCGUCGACUCCGUCCUCCUCCCGUCCUGA